AUGCCUGAGCAAAUUGUAUGUGGUGUUGCUGAAAACCUCAUUAACAGGUUGGCUUCUGCAGCUUUUCGUGAAUUUGGAAGGAUUUAUGGUGUUAUGGAUGAACUGGAAAGGCUUAAGCGUACUCUUGACUCCAUCAAAGCUGUGCUAUUUGAUGCUGAAGACAAACAACAGCAAAGUCAUGCUGUUCAAAUAUGGAUAAGAAGACUCAAAGACGAUGUGCUUCAUCCUGCUGAUGACUUGCUAGAUGAAUUUGUUAUUGAAGAUAUGAAGUACAAAAUAGAUGAAACUUCUAAGAACAAAGUGACAAAGGUACUUCAUUCCUUUUCUCCAAACAAAAUUGUUUUUCGCAGUAGAAUGGCUCAUGGGAUUGAAAAAAUACAAAAGAAAUUUAAAGAUGUUGUGAAAGAUAUGAUUGGUUUGAAUCUAACCCCAAAUGUUGUGGUGGCUGAGCAAAGUAACAAUGUAAAUAGAGAAACUAGUUCUUAUGUGUUAGAAUCAGAUAUCAUCGGAAGAGAAGAUGAUAAAAACAAGAUUGUAAGCUUGUUGAGGCAAUCGCAUGGUAAUCAAAAUGUCUCCGUGGUAGCUAUUACUGGGAUUGGUGGUUUGGGAAAGACAGCUCUUGCUCAAUUGGUAUAUAAUGAUGCUGAAGUUGCAAAGAUUUUUGAAAAGCAUAUGUGGGUAUGUGUCUCUAAUAAGUUUGAUGUCAAAACUAUUCUUAAGAAAAUGUUGGAGUCAUUAACCGAAAGCGAAGUUAGUGAUAAGUUACCAUUGGAAAACUUGCAGAAAAUGCUUCGGGACAACUUAACGGGUAAGAAAUACCUGUUAGUCCUAGAUGACAUUUGGAACGAGAGUUUUGAAAAAUGGACUCAAUUGAGGACUUAUUUGAUGUGUGGUGCUCAAGACAGUAAGGUUGUAGUGACAACUCGUACUAAAAUUGUAGCACAAACAAUGGGUGUAAGUGUCCCCUACAUUUUGAAUGGUUUGAAUCCAAUACAAUCAUGGAGUUUGUUGAAGAAAAUUAUUACAUACGGGGAUGAGACUAAAGAAGUGAAUCAAAUUCUUGAACCAAUCGGAAAGAAGAUAGCAGAAAAGUGCAGUGGUGUUCCACUAGCAAUCAGAACGCUGGGAGGCCUUUUACAGGGCCAAAAUGAUAAAAAGGAAUGGAUUGCUAUCUUACAAGGUGACUUUUGGAAAUUAUGUGAAGAUGAAGAAAGCAUCAUGCCAGUGUUGAAACUAAGUUACCAAAACUUGUCGCCUCAACUCAGACAAUGUUUUGCUUAUUGCUCUUUAUAUCCUAAGGAUUGGGAAAUACAAAAGGAUGAGUUGAUUCAACUAUGGAUGGCACAAGGUUAUCUUGAAUUUUCAGAUGAAAAACUUACCGUGGAUGACAUCGGUAACCAAUUCGUGAAGAUUUUGUUGAUGAAGUCAUUUUUCCAAGAUGCUGAAGUUGAUGAUGACCGUGAUUUAAAUAGUUUUAAAAUGCACGAUUUAAUACACGAUCUUGCCAUGCAAGUUGCCGGGAAUGAUUGUUGUUUCUUGGAUAAUGAGACAAAAAGACUUGUAGGAAGUCCCAUGCAUGUAAUGUUGAGUGAUGCUAUUGGUUUGUUAGAGUCAUUAGAUGCAAGCAGGUUGCGAACUUUAAUAUUUGAGAACAACAUUUCAGGGAAUUGGUAUGAGAAGGAAUUGUCUGUAAUUUCAAAGUUCAAAUUCCUACGCUUUUUGAAGCUGUCAUAUUGUUCUAUAAGUAAGUUGUGUGAUUUAAUUGGAAAUUUGAAACAUUUAAGAUAUCUUCAGUUAUGGUACUGUGCAGGACUAGAAGGCAUUUUCAAAUCCAUAGGUAACAUUGUUUGUCUUCAAACACUUAUAUUGGUUGAGUGUCGAGUGUUUGAAUUUUCUACAAAAGAUAUCUUAAAUUUAAUCAAUUUGAGAUAUCUUCAUAUUGAAAAUUUAAAAGCAUUUAAAGAAAAGAAGACAACGGCUGGAUUUGGAAAAUUAAGCCUAGGGGAGCAAUAUAAGGGUUUCAUUUUUUCCAACUGGCUUUCUUCCCUCACAAACAUUGUGAAAAUAUUUCUUAGGAACUGUCAAGGCGUGCAAUAUCUCCAACCAAUGGAAUGUCUCCCAUUCCUAAAGUAUCUUUUUAUAGGCGACCUUCAUGAGUUGGAGUUCAUAUAUUAUGAAGAGCCUCUUUUGUCUGAAGCAUUCUUCCCUUCUUUGGAGGUUCUCAGAAUUUUCAGAUGCCAAAAGUUGAAGGGAUGGCGGAGGAUAAGGGAUGAUAACUCUUCACAAUCAUAUCAUCUCUCCUUUUUGCCUUGUCUUUCUUACUUAACUAUUGUUGAUUGUCCAAUGUUGAGUCACAUGCCUACUUUUCCAAACCUUGACAAGAAAUUGGAUUUCUUUAAUUGUAAUACGGACGCAUUGGAAGCAACAUUAAACAUGGUAAAAUUGAAUUCUUCGAUUGAAUUCCCUCCACUUUCCAUGCUAAAAUUCUUGAUUCUUGGCGGACACGAGCUGAACGUGAAAACACUCCCAAAUGAUUGGAUGGGAAAUCUGACUUCUCUCAAGCAUCUUGAAUUUUAUAAUCUACCAAAUGAAACAUUUCAAGAAAUUGAAAUUUGGUUUGAGGACAAACUCAACCAUCUUCCUUCCCUGCAAAAGAUAAAAAUUUCACAAUGUUUCGAGCUAGAGGCAUUUCCAGUUUGGAUUUGCAACCUCUCGUCACUUGAGCAUAUAACCAUUUCGGAAUGUCAAAUUUUAGCUUCAGUUCCUGACGGAAUGCCUCAUCUUACCAACUUACAUACCCUUGAAAUCAUUCAAAGUCCCCUCUUAAUUGAUGAAUGCCGGAAUGAAACAAGUGCAACAUGUCUCAAAAUUGCUCACAUCCCAAACAUAAUCUUAAAGUGA